AUGAAGCUCAUCACUGUCGCCCUCACUGGGCUGGUGGCGCUCGUCGCUGCCUCGCCGGUCGAGACUACCACCGCUGCCGCGGCUUCUGUGUACGAGAACGAUGAUGUUCACACAUACAAGUGCGACAGCGACAAAUAUGUCCUCUCUUGCCUCCGCUCGGGCACCUGCUCUUUCGUCGAGGCGUGCUCCUUCGCGUGCGCCGACAACAGCAAAGGUGCUUGGUGUACCGGUUCAGCUACUGAUACCAGUGUUGAGGAUCGAGCUGUUGGCGACCCUUCAGCCAUGCACCUGAGCAAUGACGAAGUCAAGUACUCCUGCACCCACGACGAGUGGAUCCUCGCCUGUCCUGUCAACGCCGCUUGUGCUACCAUUGAGUAUUGCCUGGUCAAAUGCAUCGCAAAUGAGCGAGGUGCUGAGUGCUCGCCCGGUGCACCCGAGAAGCGUGACGUCGAUUCCGAUGUUCAUAUCGAGGACAAGAAGACCUACGAGUGCGCCAAGGAUCGCACUGGUGUCUUGGUCUGCCAGUAUGGCUUCUGCCAAACCGACCACUACUGCAAGAGGGGCUGGAAGUGUCGCGACAAGUGCAACUGCUGCAAGAAGCCCAACAUGUUCGACCGAGACGUCGACGACGCCGACAUCACUGAGGCACCUCCACGGUCCAAGGACGCAUCUGGCAAUGCCCCCACCGUCGUCGAGUCGGACGCUUUGGCCAAGCGUGAUCCUUCCUGUUCGCCUGGAACCUAUACCUGCCUGGAAUCCGCGACAACGGGUGCCUGGAUCAUGACCUGCGACUACAAGGGUGCGUGGCAGUACUCGUCGAACUGCGGUACUUUGAAGUGCCUCGAGCGAUCCGAUGGAGCCGCCCAUUGCUGGAACCCGGGACCGGAGUGGAACACGGAUCUGGCAGCCGCCAAGCGUGAGGCUUCUUGCAUGCCUGGGACCUAUUCCUGCGACAACGACGAAUCAACGGAUGACGCCUGGAUCAUGACCUGCGACUACCGGGGCAAGUGGGUGCAAUCUGCCAACUGUGGCGAUUUGAAGUGUCUCGCGCUAUCCAAUGGUGCCGCGCAUUGCUGGAACCCAGGACCAGAGUGGAAUACGGCAAUUGCAGCUCGUGAUGAACCAUCGGAAGUUCCAUCGGAUGUCGCUCCAUCUCAGUCCUGUGAGCCUGGAACAUUUGGUUGCACCUUCAACUCUGCCACAGGAACGAGCUGGGUAAUCACUUGUUCUCCGUCUGGAAUCUGGAACGUGACUCAGACGGAAUGGACUGUCACUUGCGAGCAGUCUGGAUCCUACUGGCAGUGGUCUGCCGACUGCGGUAAGGGUUGGAAGUGCGUUUCGGACGGUCGUGUUGCACACUGCGUCCCAAAACAAGCUUUAUUCGAAGCUUGGGAAGCUUGGGAGGCCACCCAGACCUCCACAUCGACUCUCGAGGUUGAGGCUUCAGCAAAGGCUUGA